AUGGUCAGAGUACAGUGGGGAUUAGUGGUACCUGCCAUCACCGACAGAACCCUCGAUACCCCUCCAAACCCGAUACACGAGGCUAACUCUCAGUCGUAUCUCGACACUGGGAACCUCUUCAAGCGUAUUCUACGACGCCCUCCUCGCUUCAUCAAAAUAGAAUCAUCCCAUAGUCAGGGUCACUCGCCCAACAGCGACGGUGUCACGUUCUUCUAG